CUUCAAUUAGGACUAUUGCAACCCACGUGGACUUCCCCAACCUCAUGAAGAGAUAAGGUUGACAAUUCAUUUAAGCAAUUAGCACGUUUUUUAGGUGAUAUGUUGAACCCAGGAGACAAGAAAACAAGUUAAAUGUCUACCGGCAGCUGCGAUACACCAGUGUCAGUGAGCAUGGUGGAACAACUGAUCAUAGAUGAUGAACUAGAUAUUAAUGAUGAUGAUGAUGAACUUGAUGAUGAUGUGUUUAUCAACCAAGAUGCCCUGCAGAUGAAUAGCUACUUAACAAAACAGUCUGAUCCUGAUCCUGCUCUACAGAUGAAUCGCUACUUCAAACAGCAAUCAGAUCCCAGUCCCAGCACAAAGAGCCCAGUACCCAUACCCGUACCCGAGUCUAAAGCAUUCUUUAAACUUGUUAAAACUACUCAGUUUGUAAAAAAGUGGACUAAAAUGGCAGAAUGUCCCGUGCCUCAAAAGUCCACGGUCAAUGAUGAGUUAUACAGUGCCUCGAUUCAAAAGUCCACGGUCAAUGAUGAGUUAUACAGUGCCUCGAUUCAAAGUAUUCCUUCCACAUAUACACUGACUACUAGACGCAGACGCCUGCUUGAUAAGAAGAAGCUCCUACAACGUAUUGUGUGGAAUCCAACUGGAAAUUACCUACACGUAUGGAUGGGUAUAGUCUCUCUGGCGGUCAUAUACGACGUCGUCAUGACGAUUGUCCGUGAGACGUAUCAUCAGUUCAACGAUGUUCUCUUCCCUUUGUGGUUGGUCCUAGACUAUGGUGCUGACAUCGUCUACUUAAUGGACAUGGGUGUACAGGGAACUACAAGUUACUUGGAUCAGGGAUUGAUGGUCACUAAUCUGAACCUGCUUUUCAGCCGCUAUAGCAAAUCAAAAUACUUUGUGCUGGACAUUUUAUCGAUCCUCCCAACAGACUUGCUCUAUUUCGUACCUGAAAUUGGAGUAAUACACACUGUGGUCAGAAUCAAUCGUCUGUUGAGGAUACACAGAUUGCUUCAGUUCCUCAGUCGCACGGAAAGCCGGACAAAUUUUCCAAACCUUUUCCGAGUGUUCCAGUUGAUUCUCCUCAUCUCUAUAAUUAUUCAUUGGAACGCCUGCUUCUAUUUUCUCAUUUCUGAAGGAUUAGGAUUGGGCUCAGAUUCGUGGGUGUAUCCAGCCCUUACGGACAAGGACGGUAUUAACACAGAGUAUGCUAAUCUCUCUCGACAGUACUUGUUCAGUCUCUAUUGGUCUACGCUUACUUUGACUACCAUUGGAGAAUUGCCUGGGCCUGUUAGAGAUGCAGAGUAUGUGUUUGUUAUUUUCGAUUUUCUAGUUGGUGUGAUAAUAUUUGCUACGAUUGUUGGAAUGGUAGGCGGAAUCAUUACUAACAUGAACAUGAGACGAGCAGAGUUUCAAGAAAAACUGGACAAUUUGAAACAGUACAUGCGUUAUCGACGAGUGGGCCAGGUCUUGCAAGAUCGUGUUAUUAAGUGUUUCGAUUAUCAGUGGACAAAUAACCAAACUCUUAACGAGGAGAAAAUUCUACAAUCCCUUCCCAGCAAACUACAAGCUGAGAUAGCCAUUCAUGUUCACUUUGAGACCCUCAGACAUGUCAAGAUAUUUAAAGAGUUUGAAGCUGGUUUGCUGGAAGAGCUGGUGUUGAAACUAAAGCCUCAAGUGUUCUCACCUGGAGACUACGUCUGCCGUAAGGGUGACGUUGGGAAAGAGAUGUAUAUUAUCAAACACGGCUUUCUGGAAGUAGUGGGAGACGAUAACACAACAGUGUACGCCACACUAACAGGUGGAGGAUAUUUCGGAGAGAUCAGCAUCCUGAAUUUAAGUGAAAAUGGCAAUAGACGAACAGCUAGUGUACGUUCGGUCGGCUAUUCGGAUUUGUUCUGCCUCUCGAAGUUAGACCUGCUAGAGUCACUUGAAGAGUAUCCUCAGACAAAGACUCUUUUGGAAGAGUGGGGGAAUCGAAAACUCGUACAAGAUGGAACGUUGGAGAAAGGAGCUACCAAUCAGGAUAUGAGUCCAACUGAUUCGUCUUCUCCCAAUGACAAACAUGAGAGCAAGAUGGAACAGCUGGAGUACAAUAUAGAGCAGCUGCAGAUUCGGUUCACACGACUAUUGGGAGAGUACAACACAUCUCAGAUGUCCCUGAAGCGGAGGGUUUAUGCACUAGAGAAAGAGGCUAAAACUAGAGCAUAGCUAGUUGCAACUCUUAUCAUUUAUAUUUGUAUGUGCUGUGUGUGUCAUAACAAGAGUAUAUAGAUAAAGGUCAUGA